UUCCACUAAAGGAAUCAAAAGUUUCAUAAGUCUUCUCGUUCCCUAGGGCUUUCUUCUACAGAUCAAAACAUUCGUAUCAAUCAAUCUCUAGAGAUAACACACAUUCUCCAUUACCUUUCUUCUUCACUCCUCAUGGCAUCAAACCCCACCGACAACUCUCAGCAAAGACCCCGCCACAGAAACGGACCUCCUCCGCCGCGCCGACAGGGAAGAAACCCGCCGCCGCCGCAGCCUCGGUAUCAGCCCCAACAGCACCAGUCGACGACGACGACGGCGACGGCUCAUACUCCUCAGGAGAAGAAGAAACCAGUCUUCGUCAAAGUCGAUCAGCUCAAACCAGGCACGAGCGGACACACCCUGACCGUCAAAGUCGUCAGCCAAACCUCCGUUCCUCAGAAACCAAACGCCGCUUCUUCUUCUUCUCACCUCCGACCUAAUCGAAUCUCCGAGUGCCUCAUCGGAGACGAAACCGCUUCCAUCCUCUUCACCGCUCGCAACGAUCAAGUUGAAUUGAUGAAGCCAGGAGCUACUGUGAAUCUCCGGAACGCGAAGAUCGAUAUGUUCAAGGGGUCGAUGAGGCUUGCUGUUGACAAAUGGGGUCGUAUUGAGGUUACGGAGCCUGUUGAAAUGGUUGUUAAAGAGGAUAACAAUCUGUCUCUUGUGGAGUAUGAGCUCGUCAAUGUUGAGGAAUGAUCUCUCUGUGUCUGUCUGAUGGGGGUAUGUAUGUAUCAAAGCGCCACAAUGGGUUUUGUUUUGUGGUUAUGUAUGGGGGGAGGAAUGAAGAAAAGGUGGGGAGAUUAUGUUUUAUCUUAUGACAGUUGCAAGUUUGCUAUGUUGAUCUUGGGUUUUGGAUGCUUUUGUAACCUCUUUAUCUGUUUUUGUAUGGUUAUUGAACAGAGAGGUUAAUGAAAAACUUGGUAA